AUAAUACAACAACUAUACCAAACAUACGAAGUAAUUGACUUUUCACUCGCUCGCCAACCCCUUCUUCCAUUACACUGCGCUUCUCUGAUUUCUCGGUCACCGAAGGGCAGCAGCUCUUUCAUUGUUGGUGCAGCCAAUGGAAGUAAAGAUCGGGAAAUUCUUCGAUUCUGUCACUGGCUUCUUCACCGGCGGUGAUCAAAUCCCCUGGUGCGACCGCGACAUCGUUGCCGGUUGUGAACAAGAGGUUGCUGAGGCUGCAAAAGGAUCCUCUGAUGAGUUUAGGAGUGAUUGCAUCAUGCGUUUUUCAUGGGCUCUUGUUCACUCAAGACAACCAGCAGAUGUGCAGCGUGGGAUAGCAAUGCUUGAAGCUUCUUUAGAUGGUACUGGCAGCCCACUGCAGAAGAAAGAGAAGCUUUAUCUUCUAGCUGUUGGGUAUUAUAGAAGUGGAGACUACUCAAGGAGCAGGCAGCUUGUCGAACAAUGUCUGAAGAUUUCACCUGAUUGGAGGCAAGCCUUGAUCCUCAAGAAAACAAUUGAAGACCGAAUAACAAAAGAUGGUGUGAUUGGCAUAGGCAUUGCUGCAACUGCCGUAGGACUGUUGGCUGGUGGAAUUGCAGCUCUGGCUCGCAAGAAGUGAACCCUCCUACCCCACAGCUAUGUGCAUAACAAAUCUUUCACUGUUUGUCCUGUUGCCAUGUAUGUAUUCAAUCCUGACUCCAGUUGUUUUACUCUUGAAACUUUCUCCAAGAGAGACAGUAAAAAAAAAAAAAAAGGGAAAAUAAUGUGUAGAAAGUAGGGAUAUGUUAAACAUAACCAUGAUCUUUUUUUUUUUUUUUUUCAACUAAUGUUAAUGUAUAGAACGUAUUAUAAGAAAGUUUUUGAUUUAUUGUACCUUUCUUAUUAUAAAAAUAUACACGUAUAAUUUAUUUUU